UAGAGAGAGAAAGUAGAUAACAAAAUGAACAAGGAAAUGAAAUCAUGUGCUAAUGGAACAGGAAAUGCUUACUGAAAAGUAGAGCUACCGACCAAAUCCAGCCAAACACAACUCAAUCAAGUGAGUUGCUCAAGGAUUAGUGUCGAUGAGCUCAGUACUCGAUUCACCUCCUCUCUCAUAUAAAUCGAGCAUUCGACUCUCUUCCCUCGUCCCACCACUCGACCUCUCCCUUUUGAUCUCUUCUCUUCUUUCUUCUUGAGCUUGAAACCACCAUAGCUAGCCAGCAUGGGCAGGUCUCCGUGCUGUGAGAAGGCUCAUACGAACAAGGGAGCUUGGACGAAAGAGGAAGACGAGAAGCUGAUCUCUUACAUCAAGGCCCAUGGCGAAGGCUGCUGGAGAUCACUCCCCAAAGCUGCAGGUAGGUACCUUAUUCUGAGAAACUUAGGGUUAAUCGUAUGUCGCUUGCAGUUGUUAUCUACUGGGGAUUUGCCUGCUCUUGAAGGUCUGCUUCGAUGUGGCAAGAGCUGCCGGCUCAGGUGGAUAAACUACCUCCGCCCCGAUCUCAAGCGCGGCAACUUUACGGCGGCAGAAGACGAGCUCAUCAUCAAGCUCCAUGGCUUGCUUGGGAACAAAUGGUCUCUCAUAGCAGGGCGAUUGCCGGGUAGGACCGACAACGAGAUCAAGAACUACUGGAAUACAACCAUCAAGAGGAAGCUCCUCGGCCGUGGCCUCGACCCUCAGACUCACCGACCCAUCGAGCUGAUCACUAACCCCUUCGCUACCUUAAAACAACAAGACGUGUCCAUGGCUCAGGACUGCACGACUGUAGCAAAGGUCAUAAACUUCUCCAGCGACGACGGCAGCAGCAGCAGCACCGACCUCAAUCUCGAUCUCUCCAUAAGCCUUCCUUACCACCCUUCUGCAGAAGUGUCAGUGGCAACCACAUCACAAUACUUUGUGCUGCAAUCUCGGUUUAACCCAAGCUAGUACUGAAGCCUAUAGCUGCGCCCAGAACAUCCCAAAAACACUUGUAUUUAGUUACAGUAGAGGAAGGACAACACAUACAGCUUAGAUGAGUAAAGGUGCUUCAGUAGCCAAUUCUGAUGUGUGUACUUUUUUUGCAUGCGAAAAAGGUUCUUCUGCAACAAAACGAACUGAAGUGAUAAGGGAAGCCCGGCA